CUCUCAGCAACUGCUUUGGGUUUAUUGAUGGAACAGUCAGACCAAUUUCUCGCCCAGGCCAACACCAAAGAAUAGUGUACAAUGGCCAUAAACGUGUACAUUCCCUCAAGUUUCAGUCCGUCGCUCUACCAAAUGGACUCAUUGGAAAUAUGUAUGGGCCUGUCGAGGGGAGAAAACAUGAUGCAAGCAUGUUGGUAGAUUCCAAUCUUCUCCAGGAAUUGGAAAGGAAUGCAUUUUCCCCAACUGGCCAACCCAUGAGUGUUUAUGGUGAUCCCGCCUAUCCGCUGCGAAUACACCUACAGGCCCCAUUUCGCCAUGGUGUCCUAACACCGAUGAUGGAACAAUUCAAUUUUGACAUGAGUUCUGUUAGAGUAACGGUGGAGUGGCUCUUUGGUGACAUCAUCAACGACUUCAAGUUUUUGGAUUUUAAGAAAAACCUGAAAAUUGGAAUGAGUAGUGUGGGAAAAAUGUAUCUUGUAUGUGCACUUCUUAAUAAUGCUGUUACCUGCCUAUAUGGAAACAAAACCUCAGAGUUUUUUGGUCUAGACCCUCCUUCAUUGCAGUAUUAUUUUAGAUAA